AUGUACCGUGAGGUUGGCAGCGCGAUUAUCCACCUAGGGUAACUGUAUCUAAUAAAGAAACGUGGAAUAACGGUAUCUGAUCUCAGGAACUGUGGAAUAUCCUAUGGCCUGUUAUUCUGAGAUAUCUUUCGGAGUAUCAUCCCAAAUGUUCUGCCCACUUCACUCAAGUGAAGUCUAUUUUUCUCAGAGUCACCCGCCACCCACCAUACUAAAUGAGCAGACCAAGGGUCAGAUCAGAAUCAGAUCACUCGCAACAAUUCAUCCAUCAGCGAUACGAAGACGCGGCUCACGUCAUCUUCCGUCACCAACAAAAACUCAGCAAAGGUUUGCCAUCGAAUAAUUACCUGACAUUUGGCGACUCGUGCAAACACACGGACUACGUUCAUUUUGGCAACGCAAAUGUCGUCAAAAUUCCGAAAGAACACCUGAAGGAUGUAAACGACCAGACUAAAGUUGACAGCACACCUAGUAAUACUCAGUCGAAAAUUUGUACGAUUAUGUGACAAGUGUGCCUCCCAGUGUUAAAUGUUUGUACUGCUUUUACUUAGAGGAUGUGUAGUUCCUGUUUGCCGUGUCAUUUGUCGUCUAAAUUUGUCAACUUAUAAAGGCAGCACUGAUCAUCAUAUCAUCGUCAUGAACUUGUGAAUUUUGAACUUUAUAUCCGACUUGUUGUGUCGUUAAAGCUGUAUAUAUCUUUAGUAAUUUAAAUUAAGUAGUGAUUUAUAAUUAGGAACAGGAACAACAUGGAAGUUCAUCCAUUCUUGGAACAGGGUGUUGUCCCGAAUAACAAUCUCUGGUACGUUCUAUCUACUCUUGGUGAAAGUCCUACAAUGCGGGUCGGUCAUUCCUGUUCAUUCAUCCCUGGGGAAAAUGGGAACGGGAAGUUAUUUGUGAUUGGUGGCGCAACCCCAAGUGGAUCAUUCUCGGAAGUGUUCUUACUUGACUUGGACACGUUACAGUGGGACACGUGUGAGGCAGAAGGGUUCAAAGGUCGUUACGAACACGCUGCAUUUGUGCCAGAAAGUGUGCCACAGAAGGUUUACAUAUUCGGUGGUGCGGAGCAAUCUGGGAACAUGAAAUCAGUCCAAGUUUAUGAUAUGAAGGAUCGAACAUGGACUUCAGUUGACGUUACGGGUACUGCACCAUCUGCCCGAACACAACACAUGUCCCAAGCUGGUUGCGGAGACAAAUUCUAUGUAUUCAGUGGAGGGGAAUCCGGAGUUACACCAGUUAAUGACCGUAAUGUCUAUUGCUUUGAUACAUCAACACAUUCCUGGAGUACCUUGGAAACACAUGGAAAAACUCCCGAGCCAAGACAUGGCCAUCUAUUUGUUGGGGUUGGGACUAAAUUAUACCUUCACGGUGGGAUGUCCGGCCCAAACUUUUUUGACGACGUUCAUGUAUUUGAUCUGAUGACAAAUACGUGGCACAAUGAGAAGAAACGCAAAGGCUUCUUGUCAGCUAGAGCAGCACAUAGUGGUGUUGCUGUCGGGAAGUUCAUCUAUGUGUUUGGAGGCAUGAAUAAAGAGGGCGCUCUGGACGACACUUACAGGUUAAACACAGAAACAUUGAAAUGGACAAGGAUCGACCUUGGUGGUCCACCACCGACAUCGCGAUUAGAUUUUGCCAUGUGCGCCUUCCCCUUCACCAUCAAUGUUUCCGGCGAUGCAGAAACUAGCAAUGCUGGAGCUGCUGCCAAGAGGGCCCAGGAUGCCAUGGCUAAGUCCCUGCAGGUGCUGAGCCUUGGGGAGGAUCCUGAGAAGGAGGGAAUACCAGAGGGUGCAGAGCCAAGUAAAGAGACUCGAGACGAGGAGGAAACAGAAGUAACUGAACAAGCAGCUGGUGAUGCUGUGUCUGCCUCAGCAUCCAUUGGUACAGUCACUGAGACACAAACAGUUACCUUAGUCCUGUUGCAUGGUGGGAUGGACACCGAGGGAAACAUAUGGGAUGAUAGUUUAGUCUUCAAAGCUGAGUGAACUUCGUUACUGUGUGAUCUUGGCAUGGACUUGUGAGCUCUGUUCAUUACUUCAGAUUGCCAAAUAUCUGGCUCAAUACCAGUUUAUGUAUUCACUGACAUCUUGCUGUUGUGCUACAACAGUAUUUGCUGUAAGCAUCAUAUCAUGUUCUCUCAUAAGGAUUGCCUGAAGCCAUCAACCUUGUAUACAGUUGAAAUGUUUCACUGUGUAGUCGUACUGCUGAAAAUUUAUAAGGUGUAUACAGAGUAAUUUAUAAGGUGUAUACAGAGUCUUGACCGUGUUGAAUUCACUACUUUUUCAGAAGAUAAACCUGAUUAGAAAUAGAUGUGUAAAUUGUGUUGUCACUUUUUGGUUAGUACACCAUUUUGGAAAAUAAAGAAAAUUUGAACGAUACAA